GCGGACUGCUUGUGAGUGUUAACCGAUAUUCAAUCCUAGCGCAGGAGGCGAGAUUUGUAGUUGUUGUUCGUCCUGUUCUGACUGUGAUACUGCCAGUCACAGCGAAGAAGGCGGGUCUUGUCGGAAUAUAGGAAAGCAUGGGGAAGAAGGAUGCGAGCGCUGCCAGGCUGCCGGUCGAUCAGUACCGAAAACAGAUCGGUAAGCAAGAUUAUAAGAAAACAAAGCCAGCUCUGAGAGCCACACGCCUGAAGGCUGAGGCAAAGAGGAGCGCACCAGGAAUCAGGGACACUAUCCUGGUCAUUUUGGCUGUGCUGGUCUUUCUCCUGGGUGUUUACGCUUUCUUCUACCUCAACCUGAGCACAGAGCUGAACCUGGAUAAUGACGUGGACUAAACACCUGCCCUUAACGACGCUGUGGAGGCCUCUGGGAGGAUGGCAGCAGCCUUAUGAUAAAAUCCCUCAUUUACAGAGGGCCAGUGGCGCUUCAGUCACUAAACAUGACUCUGUCCUACACCUGAACCUCUCAGUGCCCUUCAUGACUGCUGCAGCUAAGGAAUGCCCAAGAGAAGGCAAUAUUGUCAAAAUAAGAAAUGAACACUGACAAAGCCAAAAUCAUUCGUUUUUGUAAGAUGCUGGAAAGGCUUUUCAGACAGAAUAUGUUGAAAGUGUUGUUUGUUUUGUUUCUUCCUUUCAGUUUAAUACUUUCCGAUGUCAUUUGACACUGAUCGUGUAAUCUCCUACCUGUUUCUUAACUCAGAUUGGUACAUUUGACUCAGGAACAGACUGAGUUUACCAUUAAAUAGCCAGUAUGGAUAUGCACGUCC